AUGAAUAACAUACUUUAAACUUAAAUAAUGAAGGAUAUAAAGAGAGAUCACGGAUAAUUUUUAUUAGAGAAAAUGCUUGAAAAAUUUAAACUUAUUGUUUUUUAAGAAUAGGAGGUAAUAUUCAGGAUAGGUGAUGUUGGAAAUAAAUUAUAUAUAUUGUUAGGUGGUCGAUUAGGAGUUUAUAUGGAAUUAGAGGAAUACCAAUAUGAAUUGAAAAAAAUUAAAGAUAUUUUGUAUUAAUUCACUUAUCUCUAGACCAAAUGAUCAAUUCGGAGAAAAUGCAUUACAUAAUUAAAAUUGUAAAAGAAAUCAAACAAUCAUUGCUUUAGAACAAAGUACUAUAGCUUAUCUAACCAGAUAAGACUAUUAAUCACUUAUUGGUAAGUACAAGUCAGACAACCUAGAUAUAAAAUUAAAACUAUUAAAUAAGUUAGAUUGUUUUCAAUCUUGGACGAUUGGAUAAUUUAAAAGUUUUAGUUGCUAUAUGUUUUUAUAAAAUUUUUGUUUAAAUGAAAUAGUUUAUAAAGAAAAUGAUGAUUCAUAAUUUUUAUAUAUUGUCUAAGAUGGCCAAUUUGAAAUGAUUAAGUCAAUAUAAGAUGAUAAAUAAUAACUAAGAAAAAGAACUAAAAGAAUGUAUGAUUAAUUUUAGAUAAUAGCUAAGUUGUGUACUAAAUGAAGGUUAGAUGUUUGGUGAAGAAUCAUUAAUGAGAUCAUUAGAACAAGAUCCAUAAAUUUUAUCACCUAUAACUAAUUUUGUUUAUAUACAAAGAUAUUCUACUGUAAAAUGCAUGAGUAUAUGUGGUUCUUUGUUUAGAAUAUCAAGAUAAGACAUUAUUGAAAGAUGUUGGGAUGAAAUAACAAAAUUAUCAUUUUUAUCUCUUAUAAUCAAAUUGAAAAAUUUUAGAUUGAAACGAGUAAAUUUAUUACAGCUUAACUAAGAAUUCAAUGAAAAUCUUACUGAUUUUGAAAUAGGUAGAAAGCUUAGAAAUAAUUCAACUCAAACUUAAAAAAAAAUUACAUUAGAACCAAUAUUUACAAAUACAUAUUUUAAAAAAUAUUUUGAGUAAUAAUAAGUGAAAUCUAAGUCAUCUAAAAUUAUGAGAAACAAGUUUUAAAUAAGAUUAAAUUCAAUUGAUUAAUCUUUAAAUACAUAAAAUUCUCCAAAGAUAUCAAUUUAACGAAAAGCAUCAUAAUUUCAUAAAAUGUUAUCAUAAAGGUAUCAUAAAAGUACAAAUAAACAAGAUAGUAAAUCAUUUUCAUUUGAUUUUCCAUCAAAUAAUGUUGGAUACUAAUAUUAUAAACAGUUUUUAACUAGUGAAAGAAUAAAAAGUUUACAUUGUUGA